AUGGCCAUAGACACAAGCUUCUUCAUUGUGUCUGCUGCAGCAACUCUCCUCUUCUUAAUCGUCCAUUCCUUCAUUCAUUUUCUCGUCUCCAGACGUUCCCGGAAGCUCCCUCCUGGCCCAAAAGGAUGGCCGCUUCUCGGCGUGCUUCCUCUCCUAAAAGAGAUGCCUCAUGUUGCCCUAGCAAAAAUGGCCAAAAAGUAUGGACCUGUGAUGUUGCUGAAAAUGGGUACCUCCAACAUGGUGGUGGCCUCGAACCCGGAGGCCGCUCAAGCAUUUCUUAAAACCCAUGAGGCGAAUUUCUUAAACCGUGAACCAGGUGCUGCCACAAGUCACUUGGUGUAUGGUUGUCAAGACAUGGUUUUCACUGAGUACGGGCAAAGGUGGAAGCUGCUACGAAGAUUAAGCACCCUACACCUGCUUGGAGGGAAGGCUGUUGAGGGCUCGUCUGAAGUCCGAGCUGCUGAGCUCGGCCGAGUGCUCCAGACCAUGCUUGAGUUUAGCCAGCAAGGCCAGCCAGUGGUGGUGCCGGAGUUGUUAACGAUUGUCAUGGUCAACAUAAUAUCACAAACGGUACUUAGCCGUCGGUUGUUCCAAUCAAAAGAAUCGAAGACGAAUAGCUUUAAGGAGAUGAUUGUGGAGUCAAUGGUAUGGGCCGGGCAAUUCAACAUUGGCGAUUUUAUUCCAUUCAUUGCUUGGAUGGACAUCCAAGGGAUCUUGCGACAGAUGAAGCGUGUUCAUAAGAAGUUCGACCAGUUUUUGACGGAGUUGAUAGAGGAACACCAGGCAUCAGCGGAUGAGCGCAAGGGAAAACCAGAUUUUCUCGAUAUAAUUAUGGCCAACCAAGAAGAUGGUCCUCCGGAGGACAGAAUUACCCUAACCAACAUUAAGGCCGUCCUCGUGAAUUUAUUUGUGGCGGGAACAGACACAUCAUCAAGCACAAUUGAAUGGGCACUGGCUGAGAUGUUGAAAAAACCUAGCAUCUUCCAGCGUGCUCAUGAAGAAAUGGAUCAAGUGAUUGGGAGGAGCCGCCGGCUUGAGGAAUCCGACUUACCAAAACUCCCAUAUCUACGAGCCAUAUGUAAGGAAAGUUUCCGACUGCACCCAUCAACCCCAUUGAACCUCCCCCGCGUCGCAAGUGAAGCAUGUGAAGUGAACGGAUACUACAUUCCAAAGAACACUAGAGUCCAAGUGAACAUAUGGGCGAUUGGGCGAGACCCCGAUGUGUGGGAAAACCCCGAAGAUUUCGCACCAGAGAGAUUUCUAAGUGAAAAACAUGCGAACAUCGAUCCACGUGGGAACGAUUUUGAGUUGAUUCCGUUUGGGUCGGGAAGAAGGAUCUGUUCCGGCAAUAAGAUGGCAGUGAUCGCAAUUGAGUACAUUUUGGCCACAUUGGUGCACUCAUUUGACUGGAAACUCCCAGAUGGCGUUGAGCUCAACAUGGAUGAAGGUUUUGGGCUUACGCUGCAGAAGGCUGUUCCGCUUUUGGCUAUGGUGACUCCCCGGCUGGAGCUGAGUGCAUAUGCUGCUUGA